UGUCGAGCACUGCUACUCUGCUUUUCUCUCAGUUUCGGGAUAACACGAUUUGAUAAUCAUUUUCUGUUAAAAUAUACUUUAAAAUAGUUAUGACAUAUGAUGUAUUACUUGCACUAAGGCAAUAAAAUUUAAAUAUAUUUUAAAAAUUGUAAGGAAGCCUAUUAAAUUUAAAUAGUGGUUCGUAAAUUACUAGGUGUAACCACAAUCAAGUCGAAUUAUACAUCUUGCACAAAAACAAAUGCAAGAAAAAUGCCAUCGCUCAUUAAUUUCAUAACAAUUGCCUUUUUCUUUUGGCGUGCGUGUGAUUUGCGUUGAUAUCACGUGUGAAUACUAUUAGUAGGUAGCAGUGGUGUUGAGUGGUGCCAAGUUUAGUCGAGAAAGAGCCACUGCUCUAUCACUGCGCUAUUGCGUGAAUAAUAUAUUAGCAAUUAAACGUCCAUCGGGACUAACUUUAACAAUGAUUUUGUUAAACAUGUUGAUGCCAAAAGCAUUUUUUCACUGCUGGAAAACAGCUCUGAGUAGAAGAUUCAUUAGUCAAUCUACUAGAAAUUUUGAGUCAAAAAUUUCAGACACUAGUAAAGUUUCAUCAUCAGGAGCAACUUCCUCAUCUUCAAAUACAAAUGGAUCAGCUUCUAUCAUUGGUUCAAGAAUGAUGGCACCAUCAGCUUUUGAUAAAUGGAUACUAGUUUGGAUGAAAAAAUAUCCAAAAGGACAAGUUCCUGAUAGAAUCAAGGAAGAAGUUAUAUAUCAAACAAAAAGCAGAGCUCGUAUAAAAAUAGCAAAUUAUAUGAUAGCUAUAUCUGUCAUAAUGUGCAUUGGAGCAGCUAUCAGUGGUCGAAAAGCUAGAAAAGACGGAGAUAGUCUUCAUCAAAGAAAUAUUGAUUGGCAUAAGAAAGUGAAUGAGGAGCAUACAAAUCAACUUGCUACUAAAUCCUAAAUUUUAUUAAAAUCAAUAUGUAAUUGAUUGAUAAAUAAACUUAAUAUUUAAGAUAAUAUGUAUUAUCUUAUUAUAUCUCAAAAAUUGAAGAAUUAGAUUAUUUUGUUUCAAUCAAUUUUUUUUAAUAAAUCAAAUCUA